AUGUACGCGACACGGGUUCUCCUUAAGCGCUCUGUGUGGAAGGGUGAGUCAAUUGCUUUCUUCUCCCUUCCCAUUGUCUGGCCCAAGUCCGUCGGCGACAAGGUCCCUCCCGUACGAACGCAGGCCCGAUCUGCCACGAUUCUGCCCAACUUUGUUGGACUCAAAUUUGAGGUUCACAACGGCAAGGACUACCAUGAGGUGACCAUUACUGAAGAUAUGGUCGGACACAAGCUCGGCGAGUUUUCACCGUAA